AUGACGUCUUCGUCCACGAUCAGCUCAAGCGAGUUGUCUAGGGCGGCUCCGUCGACUUCCGAGGCAACAUCACCGUUACAGGUCCCGAACACGCCGCCCGGGCUGCUAUCCCCCAUCGCGCAAUAUGCGUUCUCGCCCAUCCAGUCUAGCUCCGCCACUGGUUUCGGUGGACUCAAAUCCACCAGAUUGUCGCCGUUCAGCCCCGUGACACCUCCACGCCCCUCAACAUCAGCCCCUCCGCACGCUCUUCUGCCUCCGGCUUUGGAUCAUCGUACGGCGAGGCGUGGACCCAUUCGCGAAUCCUCCACACCCGCUGCCACUUCCGGCUCCCUUACUAGCGCCUCCACCUCGACCGCAAUCGUCGCCCUCUCCAACUCCGCCUCCUCCCACGCCCGCGCAAUCGCAGAGGUCGUAAUCGUCGGCCUCGUAUUCCUCCUCGCCUUCCUUGGGCUCUCUCAUCUUUCGUUUACUCCGCCGUCGCCACCACUAUGGAACCGCCGAAGCAUCUCGGGUCGGAGGCUGAGGGUAAGGCGUGGGUCAAUUCCGUCAUCGCCGUCUACGCCCAGUGUGCCGGUAUCUCUCUUUCGUCUGGAGUCAUUGCGGGUGGAGGUUGUCGAGUUGUACAUGCGCUGCCUCAAGCGCGAUCCCCCCGUUGAAUAUCUUGAACUCAGACAAACCUUGCUGGAUGCUCAACACCAAGCUACUUCAUCCAGCUCUAAUGCCUCCUCCCAGUCUCCUUCUUUGCCUUUUGUGCCUACCACUGCACGUACCUCUGGCUCUAAUUCUAAUGCUGCAUCAUUAAAUAUCUCAAUCCUGGACCAAGAUGCUUUAAUAUCUCAUGGACUAGCCACUCCAGCUCCAAGCGGCUACUCGACUCGUCAAUCUACUCCCAUGAUACACACUCAACAGUCAGCUCUACUUCAAACUGGCGUCUCAAUCCAGUCAUUGAGCACAGAUAGUGAUGUGCUGGGUCUCAGUGAUCUCAUCUGUCCUUUAUCUCCGCUCUCAGACAUAGAAGAUAUCAUGUUCAAUUCACCAACCUCUGAAGAUAUGGAGAGACCCGGCAGUGUUGAGGAAGAAGGCAGUGAUCGUGAAUACCAGCCAAGUGGGGAUGAAGAGGAAGCUAGCUCAGAUGCGUGCAAGGACUGUGUAGAGGAUGAGAGUAGGAGGGAGAACAGCUCUGGGAAUAAGAGGAAGAGAAGUGGGAAGGGGAAGGGGAAGGGGAAGGGGAAGGGGAAGGGGAAGGGGAAGGGGAGCAGGAAACGGAGGAGAGCAGACGAGGGUAGUGAAGAUGAUGAUGAUGGUACUGGUGCAGGGCCUGGAGAUUGGAUGCCGUACUGGCACCCAGACUGCAAGCGUAAUGGACAUCGAUAUGUUUCGCUUCAAAAGAUGGGGGAGAUUCAGUGGACGAGGAAAGAGAAGGUGGAGAUGAUGAGGACUGGUGGCCUGAAAGGAGUGGUCGGACUUAUGGGAGCAGGAUUUGGAGGCGAGGGGUGGGCCACAACGGUGGACUCAUGGGCGACAGCUGUGGCGAAUGCAGGAGAAUUUGAGAGUCUGGCUGAGGGAGUUAGUUUUCCGAUUCUCAUUCGACGGUGCUCUGCUGCCAUACAAAAGGGUAUAGCUGCUUCAUUCUUCUCCAUGGUCAGCUAUGUGCAGCUCUUUCUGAAGGCAAUAAGUCUUCGUACCAUUCAAGGUCAAACUCAGCUUCUACCUGUCCGUGAACUAUGGGCUAGGGAGGUAGAGAUAUUGAAGAGUCCAACAUUUGAACCGCCUUCGCAUCGGACCUUUGAAGACUGGUGUACUUUAGGUGGCAAGUACGCCACAGUGGCAGCGGGCGGUACUAUUUAUGCCCUACUGGUAUUAGCGGGACAAGAUUUGUACGUCUCUAUGGGGAAGAUAGAAGGCUUAACGCAUCGUACCCUGGCUAACGCUCUGAGAUCACCAGAUAAUUCGCCUGAUACUGGAACAAUCAUAAGAAAUGUGAUCAUCCCGGCAAUCAUACGCCUGCGUAGCCUGAUCCAUUUGAGUAUCCCUGAUGUCAACGACACCACAGGGCAGGAUGUAGAUUGUGGAGACAUUGCUGCUUCAGAUACCAAGCUGGGUAUUGCAUCCUACAACGAUAUCAAGUUUGUGGAACGUAACAUGGAACUGUGGCGCACUUUCAGCAGUCCUCCUAACUCCUGGGCGACUAGAAGACUCUACAUCAGUUCCUCAUCAAAUGUUCAGCUUUCUUCUCCUCCCCUAAACACUCAGCUUUCCUCGUCUAUCCCCACUACCACCUGUGAAACACCUUCAGCUGAUCCUCUCCUUCCUUCUGCAAUGACGGGUCCACGACAGCGAGUGCCACCAUCUUACCUCGAGGUUCUGAAUACGAGAUACGAUCCCAUAGCUAAAGCCAACGCUAAGCCUAUGGAGGUUUCGGAAAGAGCGAUGAAUCUGGACAACACCCUACGUGAACAGGCAAGGGCUGAGGAGGGUUUGGUCAUUGAAGAUUUUACUGAGCUCAAGAGGCUUAUCCAAACAUUUUAUGAUGAAGAUGGGGUCAAGAGGGAAGGGGAAUACUUGCGUCCUACUCGAGACAGCCUUCCGAACUUUCUUCGUAUCAAUGAUGUUCAUGGCAACCUUCUGGCAUUCUUCUGCAAGGGCAUGCCGGAAGUGUUGCGAUCAACUCUUUACUCCAAUCUCAAGGCUAUGUUUGGCGAUCUUCAAUCACUAAUUUGGCUGGAUACCAAGAAGGCUAGAGAUGAAGGAAGGCCAGUCUCCUUUCAGACUCUACAUUGGUGCUGGUGGGCUAGGUACUGCACUCAGGGAGAUGACGCGUUGAAAGAUGUCCAUCCUCUUCAGCAGCAGAGAGAAGGUACAACACGUACCAACUACACCCAGCUCACACCGUAUCCUUCUAAGGACAUGGAAGAGUACAGAGACCUUUAUGAUCGGGGAAAAGCCUUGUUCAAGCCUGUUUUUGAGUGGAUUCAGGAUGUGUUCUACCAGUGUCUACCUGAAGAAUACGAUGGCAUGCAGGUAUAUGCUGAGCUUAUUCCCAGCUCUAACCGUUCUGCUGUCGAUCCUUGGUGUGGCUGGGUACUCAACUUGAAUGUUAUGACGCGCAUUCACCGUGACAAUGGUGAUGUUGGCUUGUGUGCAGAUGGCGUUAUUACUAGCCCAGACUAUGUUGGAGGCGAUUUGUGUUUAGCUCAGCCAGGACUUAUUCUUCCUCUUCUAAAUGGGGACUUUUCUUUCUUUACCUCUAUGAGUACUGAUCACUUUAAUUUGGAUUACAAGGGGGAGAGGUGCUCGUAUGUCUUCCAGACUUGCAAGGAGUUCAAGUCAUGGGAAGAGGAUCGCCAUGGUUGGAAGGAUAAUAACUGCCUUUAUAAUUUUAUCUCUGUUGUUUAUCCAGAGGAUUUCUCUAACUGCCCUAUGUCUGGAAAAUCGAAAGUGAAGCAAGGCAAGGCUGCUGCUGGCUCUACACCCGGACGCAGCACUCGCAAUGCCAAGAAGCUAGAGGUUGGUCUUCCUUUGGUCUCACAGAGGGCUACCCGCUCCAAGGACGCCAAUGAGCAGGCUGAAGAAGCUGCGCCGGCGCCCUCAAAGGCGGGCACCAACAAGAGGAAGGCUCCUUCUUCAGCCGCCGCCCCCCCGGCAAAGAAGUCCGUCAAGAAGACUGUAGCUCCACCGACACCGGAUCCUACACCCGCCACAAAACCGCUUACCGCUGUCCAGAGACGAAAGAUCGAGGAGAAGGCGCAGGAGCAGAGGCGUAAAGAGAUACAGGAAGCCAACCGUACGCUUAUGGCAGAUGACGCUGAUGCUCAGCAAGUCGAGGAUGAGGACGACAACAAUGGCCCUCCUCCCAACCAGCUUCAACAGGCUAAGUACAGGCGUAAGUCGAAGUCCAAGGACCUUACGCCAACUCCGUCCGAAUCCGAUGCAGGCAUAGAGCUCAGCUCGGACACGGAGAUUGAUGGAGAAGAUGAGGAGAAUGCCCUUGGCCAUCGUCUCGAGGCUAGCAUGCAGGCCCUCGACGAGGAAAUUGAUCAACUAGACGAUGAUAAUUCUAUGGAUUUCGAUGGUGACGCGGAAGAGGAAGAACAGCAGGAAGAUGCGGACCAGGAUGAAGUAAAAGAAAAGAAGGAAAAGGUUCAGGAUGACCCGUUUGCCAACGACAUUAUGGAUCUCCCUGUCCAGGCGAAACAGCCCAAGGGCUCUAAGUCCUCUAAGACUGUGGUGGCACCAGACGUCACCCCAAUCGCCACCUCCGCCACCUCCGCCACAUCUUAUGUUAUCCAGGUUGCCGGUGACAAGAACCCGUUCACAAAGGAGGCUUUCACUCUUUCACGUUCUGCGUGGAACCGCUUCCGCGUUUACAUCCAGCUCGUGAACGCAUUCCCGCGGAGUGAUGCUCGUCGUCGCAUUAUUAUAGAGCUGAUCAGAGACCUUGUCCUUCACGUAUCCAGCUAUCGUUACGUCUGGAAGCGACUUGCAUCUGAUCAUCGUUAUCUUAUGGUCAAUUAUACGUGGAAAGCAGCUUCGCAGGUACGGGGAGAGUGGAAGAUGUCUGCUCUCCCCAUCGUCAAGGACCAGUACUUCAAGGGCUACAUGAAUGACGCAAACUGGAAGGAACGUCAGGCCCUAGCAAAGUGGUUGCUAGGAGAUAACCCAAAGAAAGCUGAUGUCUUCGUCUUUGGGACGAUAGAUUAUGAGGGUGACCGCUCAUGGAACUGGCAGACCAUGUAUCAGCACAGUUCCAUCAGUGAACUCAUCAAGUAUCAAUGCUUUCAGCGUGGCAAUGAGCCGGACGGCCUUCGCAACAUGGAAGAGUUCAGUAAGAUGACACUUCCUCUGGUCGCGUUAGCUUGUACCGUCAUUGAGAACUGUAUCCGUGGUUACGUCGAGACUGGUAUUUAUGGGCGUGGCAUUCAGUUUGACGAUCGUAAUAAUGCGUUAAGGUAUCACUAUCACCUGGGACGCAUCCAGUCCUUUGAACAGAGGUCCGACAACUUUAUAGCCUGGUCAUAUAGCCUUGUCUACAAGGACAUCUUAAAAUCUCUUGACUUGGGGUAUCUCCAGGCAAAUGCGAACGACGACCUUGACGAGGUUGACUACGAGGCUCUGAGGAACGUGCCUCGUGUUGAUCCUGAUGCCCGUCCUGCUCCCGAUCAGGGUGAGGGUGAGGCACAGGCUCAGGAGGCUCAUGAUCCAGAAGGUGUGGCUGCUGCUCAAGAGGUCCUGGCAUAG